ACUUUUCCACGUCACUUGAAGGAAUCUUUAAAGCGUCCGUCGCCUGUAUAAAAUGUUUCAGUACUCGACAACCAGCAACAUGAACGGCAUGAAGACACAGUCACCGAUAAUGACAAUGGCCAACAAUGACAACGACCCUCUCCCCCUCGGAUGGGAAGUAAAAAUUGACCCUCAGACUGGAUGGCCCUUCUUUGUGGAUCACAAUAACCGCACGACAACCUGGAAUGACCCGAGACACGACACGAAAAAGGUCAGAGAAGUGUCAGCAAAUGGACCCAACAUACCACCAGAACCAAGCCCUCAGGAGACGCAGAAGACCUUUGUGAGGGAAAUGAAGCACCCCAUUCUUCGCCCAGGUUAUGUUCCUAUCCCAGUCUUCCAUGAGGGCGCAGAACUGAGGCAGCAACAGCAUCCAUGUUAUUCCUACAUCCAGCCAACCACUGCACAGAAUAUCCGGACAGACGGGCGGACACCUUCCCCGACACCAGGGCUCCACUGCAGGCCUAGAUCACCUUUACAUGGACCUUCAGACAGCUGCUCCACUGAGCCUGGAAAGACCAGCUCGCCUGUUUCACAAACAGCAGAGGUUUACACUGCCCCGCAUCACCAACCCCCACGGCCCAGCAGCACUGGUCUUCAAGCAGGUUACAUCCCCAUCCCGGUGAUCCAUGAGGGUGCAGGAGGCCAAACACAAACACAGGCUCAGUUAAAUCCCUCGGCCUACUCUCAGCGCGUCCCCUACUCAGAGCACCAGCAGCCCUUCCAUCGCCUUCAGACAGACGAAUGGCCUGGCUACUCUGCAGCAAUGCAGCCUCCCCGGGAAAGGGCUUCUCCAACACUGUUUCCCCAGCAUCGCGAUUCUAUUCACCUCCCACCUCAUAUUAGAAGCCAGUCACCUAUUAUAACGCAGGUGCUGGGAGAAAGACCACAGGUUCAGCAGCAUGUCCUCACAAGAGACCCGCCCCAGAAAAUUGAGCAGGAACAACAAAGCACUCAGCAGAAACCCGAGAACACGCAGCUCCCCCAACCAUUGCACACAGAAGCUGACGUCCAAAAGCCUCAACAACCUCAACAGUUCCAACAGCCUCCACCAGAGCAACCUCAGCAGUUCCAGCAACCACAUCAGUUCCAGCAACCACAACAGUUCCAGCAACCACAACAGUUUCAGCAACCACAACAGUUUCAGCAGGCACCACCUCAGACAUCGCCACAGCCUCAGCAUCCUGAACAGUUAAUGCAGUCGCAGCAACAGUUCCAGCAGCCCCAGAAACCAGAGCAACCACAACAACAUACUGCAGAUAUCACAGUUCAAAUACCUCCAAAACCAGAGGCCCAGGACAUGACAGCUGUUCCCCCAGAGGCCCCACCUGUAAAGGUAGAGGCCGAACAGGCUGCUCAGUGCCCAGUCCACCCAGGCUUGGCUAAGGUACAGAAGAUAGUCGACCGGGUUGCUAAACUGGAGCAGGAGGUGAAAUGUUUCGAUGGAAAGAAGAACGAUAAGAAAUACUUGUUACUGGAGGAGCUGCUGACCAAAGAGCUCUUAGCACUGGACUCGGUUGACCCAGAGGGUCGUUUAGAUGUAAGGCAGGCGAGACGGGAUGGAGUCCGUCGUGUUCAGACCAUACUGGAAGAACUGGAGCAACUGGAAGAGCAGCCAGCCAGGCCCGCCAGCGAGACCGCGAUGGAGGGAAACAGCCUGACACAGAAGGGAGAGCCCAGCAUGAUCACCAAGGAGAACGUUGAGCUGGCAAAGGAGAUAUCAUAAUGACUGCACACUUCAUAAUCAAGAGGAGAGAAGGAUAACCUGCUGUAUAUUUGAUAGUGAACAAGUCUGCUCUGGCUAACUCUCCUCCUCCUCUAUCUACAGCAUUUGUGGAAGUUGCAUGCAUUGAUUAACAGUGUUGGUAUUUCCUGCCAUUCAGCACAUAGUUGAUGGUAGCUCAGUGCAAUCAUGUUUUUCAAGCCAAUGUUGUUGCCUUCUGUGUUGUGCCAAUGUCUUCAUAAUAAGACAGCUGCCAUGAUCAAGGUGUUGACAACAAUUUCUAGUCAAAUUAAAGUUUGAAUAAGAGGCCUUUAUCAAUAAAUGGAAGAAAAGUAGAAGUAUUUUCUUAAGAAAUGUUAUGUGUAGUUGCCUUUUGUCUUGAUCAAAUAUUGUAUGAAGCUUUUCUUAAUCCAGUCAGCACAUCAGUUGGUACACGAGUGCAAACGUCGGGGCUUUAAAGCAGAACUCACUGCAAAACUCAAGUCAACAGAAAAGCAUUUUCCCCUUUAUAGCCACAUGGCCAUGUUGGAGCUGCUUUGUCACAGAACACAGUGAAUAUGUUUAUUAGAUGCUGCUUUUUGGUGGUGCAUUACUGAUUUUGCCGUCUUUGCACUUUGCCAUCAUUGAAAUGCAUCAUGCUGAAAGAUCAGCAGCACUUCAUUUGAAAUAUAUAAGUUACACACGUUUUGAUUGAUGUGUUUGAGUGUUUGUAUGUGCAUUGGUUUACUUGUUAUUUCAAAACACUAUAUCAGUAUUUAUAUCAUCAUAUAGUAUUUUGGUACAUUUAUGAAUGUGUAAUGACAAAUUGAGGUGAGAUGUGUAUCUUACUUGAGAUGUGAGACAAUCGGCACUUGGUGCUAAUGAGGAAGUUUAAAAUUGUCAGAUUGUUCAUGUAUAACUACCAAAGCCACAAUCUGUAAUAACACUAACACAAAAACGGCCUAAAAGCCUUAAAAAUGCCAACGGUGAGAGAAUGCCCAAUUCAUAAACAGAUCAACUUCAAUUUGUCAUUUAAAAAUGUUUUAAAUUACUUUUAAUAUUACCCUAAUUGUUUGUGUAGUAAUUUGUCACUAUAAUAUGAUCAUAAGCCAUCUGUCAGGUAGGGUCACUGCCUAACACACCUUUACAAUUUAUGGAUUGUGGCUUAGUGUUGAUCACAGUUUAUGAGUAGCACGCUGAUGCAUUGUUGAAAGCAAGUCACGUUGGUAUGGUUGAAAAUAAAAUGUAUUUGACAUGGA